AUGGCUGCAGCGUCGACAGCGAGCGCGUCUCAAGUCAAUGGGUCUGCCUUGCCGAGCCAGGGAGACAAGUACAGGGGAGCGGUGGUGGAGGACCUACAACUCCCACCAGCAUUCGCGCUGCCGUCCGAUGAGGCCAUCUCACGAGCGAUCGAGUCGGCCUACGAGCGCGACUUCUCGUAUAUCCCUGUCCUCGACCGCCACCGCAAGCCCCUCGGAUAUCUGGACGUCGCUGCGCUGAAAGAGAAGUGGGAGGCUGGGCAGGCUGCUCCGGAUGAUAGGGUCAUCAUACAUCUGACGAAGUUCAAUCGCUCGUCUUCCCAUCCGUACACGAUCAUCACGCCGUCGACGUCGCUACCGGAGUUGGAGGAGUUUCUGCGGCACAACGUCUUUGCUAUAGUAACGGACUAUAGCCGGAAGUUCGUGCUUGGAGUCGCUACACAACAGGAUCUGGAUAACUUUGUGUCUCGUCGCGGGUGA